AUGAGUAUUUCUCAAGAAAAUAAUAUUCUACCUUCAUCUUCACUACCUUACGGGAACUUGUCUCCCAUGACUUCUGCAACUGGUCAACGUAAUAAUAGUAUGCAGCCAAUAACUCCAAGCCUGGCUUUCUUUUAUAAUCCACCAGGUAUUCUCGUAAAUUAUCAUAUUACUUGUGAAGAAGUACCAAUUUCCUUUGAACUUGUAUAUCAAUUAACAAAUGAUACCGAUGACAACAACCAAACUUAUAAUUAUGAUCAACCGAAAAGUUAUGUAUUUUAUCACAGUCAAAUUGAUACGAAAAAAAUUUAUCAAGUAACUUGCGAAUUAGCUUCAUCCCAAUUUUUAAAUAAAAAAUUUUAUAAUAUAAACUACAACCAGCAGAGUGUUCAACAACAACAUCAACAGCAACAACAGGAGAUUUCUCCACUACACCUUAAAUUUCACUUGAAGCAAUAUUUAAUUAAUUACUUGGCAACUAAAGAAAUUUAUAAACAAAAUUUGCAUGGAAAUAUGAUGCAAGAUAAUUUUAACGACGAAAUCGUGAAUGGUUCUCCUUCUUUUCGUGGCGAUUAUACUCAAGAAUAUGAGAAUAGUCCGGCAUCAUUCAACCAGGACCCCGAGCAAUACUGA